AUGACUCCAGACAAAGAAAGUAAUGGACUUGACAACUAUGCCUUCGCGUUGGAGGGACGCUUCUGUGAUCUGCAAGACACAGGGGAGGAUCUGGACUCCUCCAUCGAUGAGGAUGGAAACAAACUUGCCUACUGUGUCACAGACGUACCCCCCUGGUACCUCUGCAUCCUCCUGGGGACGCAGCACUGUCUGACAGCUUUUGGGGGCAUCAUUGCCAUCCCUCUGAUCCUGUCCCAAGGCCUUUGUCUGCAACAUGAUGGCCUCACACAGAGCCACCUCAUCAGCACCAUUUUCUUUGUUUCUGGCAUCUGCACUCUGUUGCAAGUCACCUUUGGCAUCAGGUUGCCCAUUCUCCAAGGAGGCACAUUCACAUUGUUGGCUCCCUCCAUGGCAAUGCUGUCCAUGCCGGAGUGGACGUGUCCUGCUUGGACUCAGAACGCCAGCUCCGUGAACACAUCCUCCACAGAGUUCAUUGAAGUCUGGCAGAGUCGAAUGAGAGCAUUGCAGGGCUCCAUUAUGGUUGGCUCACUGUUCCAGGUGUUUGUCGGAUUCUCGGGCCUAAUCGGCCUCUUCAUGCGCUUCAUCGGACCUCUCACCAUCGCUCCCACUAUUGCUCUCAUUGGACUGUCGCUGUUUGACUCCGCUGGCAGUAGUGCCGGCAACCACUGGGGCAUCUCUUCAAUGACCACAGUGCUGAUCAUCCUGUUCUCACAGUACCUCCGUCACAUUGCUGUGCCAUUUCCCACAUACAGCAAAGAUAGAAAGCUUCAUACCUCUCAAAUCUACGUCUUUCAGAUUCUACCCGUCCUACUAGGAAUCACACUGUCUUGGCUAAUCUGUUACAUUUUGACUGCAUACAACGUCCUUCCGACCGAUCCAGACCACUAUGGUUACCUUGCACGCACAGAUCUAAAGGGACACGUAAUAGGCCAAGCUCCCUGGUUAACCUUCCCUUACCCAGGACAGUGGGGAAUGCCGACUGUGAGCCUGGCAGGAGUGGUCGGCAUCUUGGCUGGUGUGAUUUCCUCUAUGAUCGAAUCCGUCGGGGAUUACCACGCUUGUGCGAGGUUGUCUGGAGCUCCACCCCCACCUAAACAUGCUAUCAACAGAGGUAUUGGCAUUGAGGGACUGGGCUGUCUGCUUGCUGGAGCCUGGGGGACAGGAAAUGGAACCACGUCAUACAGUGAGAACGUUGGAGCCCUUGGUAUUACAAAGGUUGGCAGUCGGAUGGUCAUCGUGGCGAGUGGAGUGUUUAUGGUCGCCAUGGGUAUAUUUGGUAAAGUGGGCGCCAUAUUUACCACUAUACCCUCCCCUGUGAUGGGGGGCAUGUUCAUGGUUAUGUUUGGUGUCAUCUGUGCAGCAGGAGUUUCUAAUCUUCAGUACACAGACAUGAAUUCAUCCCGAAACAUCUUCAUUUUUGGAUUCUCCAUGUUUUCUGGUCUUGUCAUUCCGAACUGGAUACUGAAGAACCCCAAAGCCAUUGCCACAGGUGUGGUAGAAGUUGACCAGAUGCUCCAGGUUUUACUGACAACUAGUAUGUUUGUAGGAGGUUUCUUCGGCUUCAUAUUGGACAACACCAUUCCAGGAACUAAGCAGGAACGAGGCAUCUUGUCCUGGAACAAAGCUCACGAGGAUGACUCCAGCAACACACUAGAAAGUGGAGAAGUCUACAGCCUCCCCUUCGGAAUCAGCUCCUACUUGUCCUCUUUCUCCUGGCUGCGGUAUAUACCUUUCUGCCCUCCUGGAAUGGUCAACUCCCUGGAGCCCAAACAGCCUCUGGGAAAUCCAGUGCCCUAA